UGGGUGUGGAAGGGGAGGGAGGAUCAGAGUCCUCAGUUGUGUCUGUUCCCUGGCAGCAACAUAGCAGCAGAGAGUGAACCCAGAGCCCAGCAGUCUCCAAACUCAUUGGCACAGGUCAGCAGCCGUGCGGCACACAGACAGCGAUACCCCACAGACAGUGAUCGUGAGACAGACAGAGCACAGACACACAGAUCCGGGUCAUUACAAUCACUCAGAGACCUUUAACCUCCCUACACGGCUGUGAGAGGACCUUUCCAAUGACCAUGAGAGGCUCCAGUCUGAGGGAUGCAGGUUAGGGAGCUGCCAUCGAACAUCCAGGAUCAGAUUCAUCUUCUGGACACAAACCUCUCUUUAUCGGAAGAUCACCAACCUCAUCAUUGGCCACACCGUGUCCUCCUCUCCAUAGCCAGCAUUCUGUGUCUGAUAUUUCUGGACUCACAUGCUUCCCAUAGCUUCAUAUCCCUUUUCUUCUUUCACUUUUUUUUUUGUUAUUGGUUUCAUCCUGUCAUUUGUUACACCUGUUUCAUACCUUCCCUGUUAGUCACUGAUUUAUCUCAUCAAGCAGCAAGUGCAAGCUGGGUUUGUUGUCAGGACACCAUUAAGAUACUUGACAAUCGGUGAGCACGACACACAGCAAUGGCACAAUAUAUAAUGCAUGCAGUUAUCCUGACACUUCUCCUAAAUACUGGAACCUGCACCUUGGAGAGAUUCCACAGCAGUGAUGAUCAUGUCAGUUGCACUGGGAACCUGUCAUGCACAGUCAUUAAUGUUUUGUUCAUGCCUGGAGACAAGGAAAAAGCAAAUCAACCAGUAAUGAUAAUCGGCAAUAUGUCAUCGCAGACCGUGCUGCGCUGCAUUUACGAUAGAUGCAUGCCAUGUGUUAAAGUAGAGAUAGACAUAUACGUUGACUUUUCAGCAGGAAAUGUGAUAGAGGAUUGCGAUGAUUACGAGUGUUAUGAUGAUAUUGAUGGUUCCUCAACUUGUAAUUAUCUGGACGAAAUCUCUGAGGAGGACAGCAACAAUAAGUCUAAUGAAGUCUCGGAUGAAACACCAGAACUUUCCCUCUGUGCCCACGUGAAUAUAGAUUCUAUACAACAUUUUGUUUGGGUGAAGGUCUCUAUACCCUUCUCUUCAAUACCUUUCAAACCGGAAGAGAACAUCGUGAAACUGGGAACUCUUCUGUUCAGAUGCUUCAAUGCAUCUCCUGAAAGUGAUGUGAACCUUACAGCUUACACUUUGCCAAGAUAUCAGGAUCCGUUAAUAAGCAUGCAUCCCGUGACAGGGUGCAAGGAGCUGCGUUUUAUAGAGGAAGUGAAGGAAUGUGGAGUGCCUAGUAUGUAUGUUUCCACCGAUGGGAAUUUCUCAGUAGGCAUAAUGAAUGGAUCAAGCAGCCGUUCCUAUGAAUUAAUGGUUUCUCACAAUACUACAACUAUAAGAAAAAGAUUGAAAGGAGAUGAGCGCUACAUUAUACCUAAAGAGCAUUUGGUACCGUGCCUGUGUAUUGUGGUUUGGUGGAGUAAUCAGAGUGAUGCUGUUCGAGAAAGAUAUUAUCCAUUUUUGAAUCGCACCGAUAAUUAUCUAGAAGAAAAUAUAUGGAGACUGAGUACAUUCUCAAUGGCUGUAAAGGAUAAUUUGCUGCUCUACAACUUUAGUGCCCCAUGCAAUGUAUCCGCUGAGAUUUCUCUGUGUUGGAAAUACAGCCACAAUUCUCACUGUCAGGAGCUGCCCAUCCGAAAAAAGAUCUGGUCAUUUGAUCCUCAGGUGUUCGAUGGUGUGAAAUUCCAUCCCUCCAUCUGUAUCCAGGUGAAGUAUAAGGAUGAACACCAGCUUGUUAAGUGCUUGCCUGCCAAUGAUUUCCACAAUGACAUUGUAUUUCAAGAGGAAGUUAUUCUGCACAAAAAUGCCGCCUCCCUCUGCCUCAUGGAAAAACAUGGCUGCACGCCACUAAAUUACACAACACAUGAAAUGCUGAGUACCAAUGACCACUUCAGGCAGCAUAUAGUGAAGGCCUACUUGUCGAACCGCUGUUUUAAGAUAUGGAAUGAUAAUGAAAAUAAUGAGGUGGUUGUCUGCUCUGUGGUGAAACGGCAGAGAUGGCUUGUGUUUGGAUUAGUAGCAAUGUUUUGUGUGCUGAUCCUUGCAAUUGCAUCAACGAAGACACUCACAAAAUGGGUGAAAUCAAUGACUUCAUAUGCACCAUUGGGUGAUAUCUUCAAAGACCGGAGAGUGUGGAUUAUAUACUCACCAGAUGACCAAUAUUACAACAAACUUGUGCGUGUUUUUGCUGCUUCUUUAAUGGAUCUUCACCUAAAUGUGGUUUUGGAUCAGUGGCACCGCAGGGAAAUGUCCUCCAUUGACCCAAUGCCUUGGUACCAUCAUCAAAAACAAAGAAUUUUUAGGGAAAAUGGAAUCAUCAUUGUAUUGUUUGAUGAAGGAGCACUGCAGAGUUUCAAAAGGUGGACUUCAACGUCUCAGCUAGUCAACCUGGAUCCAUACACUUCUUUUGGGGCUGCCCUUAACUGUAUCCAUGCAGACUUUGUUGAUGGUAGUGCUCAAGGCCAUUAUGUGGUUGCCUCCUUUGGCCAAACUAGCAUACCCCAUAUCUUCAACAACUACCCCAAAUUCAGAUUACCUUCCGACGUUAAGAAAUUGCUUCAAGAACUGGCUGGAAUCAACCGACGCAAACUUAGAAAGAAUCAACUUGAUCAUCUCUCUACUAGAGUCAAAAAGAAACUAAAAGAACCAAUUUCGAAAUACAAGAAAAUCAGCACCAGUUUAAACAAAAGUGAGACUCCUUCUAUGAAUUCUGGAGGAACAAACGCAGUGGAAAUGCUUCCAUUAAUAUAAAAUGAUAGCAUUUCUAGAGUUACUAUUAAUACCUCAAAAAAGUUGUGUCCUUUGUUAUUUUAUUUCUGCGGGCUCUAUCGUCAAUUCACAACUGAUUUUGAAACUUACGACUGCAGGACAUCAUAGGAUGGAGGUAGGAGACAUGGGAGACAUCCGUCCACACCAGCCUCAGAAAUAUUUCCACAUGUGCUGAUAUUCAGCACUUUUAUUUUCUCCAGCUUUGUCAAUUUAGUUUCUGUGAAAUGAAUGCUGAGAAUUACUGGACUAUUGCAAAGAUAUUUUUUUAAAAUGUGUUGAUCAAACAUUUUAUUGCUUCACUAACUUCUGUCCCAAGACUUUAUUAAACAGGCACAAUGUAAGUUAAAUGUCCAUCUCCUAAAGCCUGCCUUUCUCAGGGCAAUCGAAGUGUAAAAGGCACUUUUCAGUUAAAGAAACUGCCUUACUUUUUCAGACUAUGGGAAAUGGAUCUGGGACAAGCCUAAGAGUCUUAGGAGUGGAUUAAAUGACUUACACUAAUAAUGGAAUGAUUGAAGGCAGUUACAUUCCAAAAUCAAGCAUUUAAAUAUUUGUCAUGAUGUUACAGGACCCAAGUUGGAAUGAACAGAUUUGCCCCAA